GCGCGCCACGAGCAUCGCCGUUAGUCACAACGAAACGAACGCUUCCGGCAGCUGCAUCCCCUUUGCGGAACGGUUAAGCAAGAGUGUACGGGCAGUAGCAGUAGUAUAGUGCUGUGGUUGCGAGCUUUCAAGUGUUGCGCUGUCUGGAGCGAAAAACGUGACAAAUGGCGACCAGCAACUGGGAGAAGUUUGUGCUUCUCCUCUGGAAGAACUGGAUCCUGCAGAAGCGGCACUACAUUCAAACGCUGUUCGAAAUACUGAUCCCGGUCCUGUGCUGCUCCAUACUGCUGCUCGUGCGCGGUCUCGUCGAUCCGGAGUUUAUCGACAGCAAUUCAGUGUUUAAACCGCUUGAAACCGAUCGUCUGACACAUUUGGAGAAGUUAGCCGAGGCCAAAAACUUUGAAUUCAAGAUAGCCUACUCGCCCCGCAAUGAUGUGCUCGAAGCGGUCGUACAGGAAGCGGUUCGAGCGUUGAAUGCAAAUGACCCGAAGGCACGCCUAACCUAUGCCUCAUUCGCGGAUGCUCGAGAGAUGGAAAGUGUGCUGGCAGAGUCAUCGUUCCUGGCUGGGGUAGAGUUUGACGACAGUUGGGCAAGCUGGACAGUGGCUAACGGUGUGCCGACGGAUAACUUAACGUUCGCUGUACGCUACCCGGCGGAACUGCGCGACGAUGAGUUUCAGUUUUCCAACUGGGUAACGAAUCUGCUGGUGGUGCCGUUUUCCCCGCGUCUUCGCAACCCUCUGCUGGACGAUGGUGGCUCACCGAGUUACUACAGCGAAGGAUUCCUGGGCAUACAGGGUGCGAUAUCGAGGGCGCUACUGGGACGCCGCCUGCCUGGAGUUGAUCUACCGACCGUGCACGUGCAGCGCUAUCCGUACCCGCCGUACUACGACGAUGCGAUCCUGGAGGCACUGCAGCAGCUGCUGGCCCUCAUCAUCGUCAUAUCGUUCUUCUACACCUGCAUCAACACGGUCAAGUACAUCACGAUCGAGAAGGAGAAGCAGCUGAAGGAGGCGAUGAAGAUAAUGGGCCUGUCGAACUGGCUGCACUGGUCGGCGUGGUUCGUGAAGUGUCUCAUCCUACUGACGGUUUCGCUAUCGCUUAUCACGAUACUGCUCUGCGUCCCCUUCAGUACGGCCGCCAUCUUUGAAAACUCCGAUUGGACGCUGAUUUGGGUGUUCUUCUUCGUGUACAGCAUCAGCACGAUCUGUUUCUGCUUCAUGAUCAGUGUGUUCUUCAGCAAGGCGAACACGGCCGCCGGUAUUGCCGGGUUGCUCUGGUUUGUCACGCAGCUGCCGUUCAACGUGAGCCAGCAGAACUACGACGAGAUGGGCACGGGUGCCAAGCUGGGUAUGUGUCUGCUGUCGAACUCGGGCAUGUCACUGGCAAUGUUUUUGACCGUACGGCUCGAAGCAACGGCGGUCGGUUUGCGGUGGUCAAAUCUCUUCGAACCGGCCACCAUCGAUGAUGGGUUUAAUGUGGGCCUGAUCAUUAUAAUGCUGCUGGUAGAUGCCGUCAUCUACCUGCUGAUUGCGCUGUACAUUGAGCAGAUCAUGCCGGGAGAGUUUGGCAUAGCAAGGCCGUGGUAUUUCCCGUUCACGAAGGAGUUCUGGGUUCGAACGCAGACGCCAUCGCGCGACACGUUGUUUCAAGCGAACGGCUCAACCGAGUCCCGGUACAUCGAGCAGGAUCCGGCAGGGUAUGCCGGCGUUGAGAUCAAACAGCUGCGCAAGGUAUACAAAGGUAAUAAGGCGGCUGUGGAUGGGCUGAACUUGCGGAUGUACGAAAACCAAAUCUCUGUCCUACUUGGUCACAAUGGAGCGGGCAAGACGACGACCAUGUCAAUGCUGACGGGCGUGUUUGCACCCACUUCUGGUACGGCACUGAUCAACGGGCACGACAUACGCACUGACAUCGAUGGUGUACGAUCGUCGCUGGGAUUGUGCCCUCAGCACAAUGUACUGUUCGACGAGAUGACGGUGGACGAGCAUUUGAAGUUCUUCUCCCGUCUGAAGGGUGUUCCAACGGAGGCUGUCAGUGGAGAGAUUGAUCGUUAUUUGAAGUUGCUCGAGUUGACGGACAAGCGUGACGCACAAUCCCAAACGUUGUCCGGUGGUAUGAAACGCAAGCUUGCCGUCGGUAUGGCACUGUGCGGUGGCUCGAAGGUGGUACUGCUCGAUGAACCUACGUCGGGGAUGGAUCCGUCGGCAAGGCGCGCAUUGUGGAAUUUAUUGCAAAAGGAAAAACAAAACCGUACGAUGCUUCUUUCCACGCACUUUAUGGACGAGGCUGAUGUGCUCGGCGAUCGGAUAGCGAUCAUGGCGGAGGGUAAGCUGAAAGCGGUUGGGUCACCCUUUUUCCUGAAGAAAACGUUCGGCGUUGGGUAUCGGUUGAUCUGCGUGAAGGAUGCGAGGUGUGAUAAGCAGCGACUAUUGAACAUACUGAGGAAAUAUAUCCCGGACGUGACGAUCGACACGGACAUUGGGUCGGAGCUGUCGUUUAUACUGAAGGAGGACUAUCUGGACGUGUUCCAGCGACUGCUGGAGGACAUUGAGCAGCAGAUGGUGAGCUGCGGCAUUACUAGCUACGGCAUAUCGCUCACAACGAUGGAGGAAGUGUUCUUGAAGGCUGGUAGUGACAGUUUCGACGAAACAGGAACCCAUACCAAUGGCACCGUUGUUGAGACAGGCAGUUCCGAAUAUGCGUUGGAUCGUCUGCACCUGCUGACUGGUAAGGAGCUCCUGUUCAACCAGAUACAGGCCCAGCUGCUGAAGAAGUACCUCUCGUCCAUUCGCGCUUGGGUUCAGCUGGCCAUGAUGUUUGUCAUUCCGAUAUUUUUCGUCUGCAUGACGUUCAUCAUAACGCGGAGCAUUUCGGCGGGCAAAGAUUUGCCCGCGCUGGAAAUAACGAUCGAUUCCUACGAGAAGGCAAUCACCGUACUUGAGCGUGCCGGUGGUGAAACGGCAAGGGUUGAAGCAUUCCAGAACAUGUUUACUGACCGCGGCGAACUGGUCACUAUCGACGAGGACAUGACAGAGUACAUUGUGCGCAAGUCCAUCGAGGACAUUGCCGCAGUGAACACCCGAUACUUUGUGGGUGCUACCAUCCGCUCGGGCGCACCGUACGUAGGCUGGUUCAACAAUAAGGCAUUCCACACGGCCCCGCUCGCGCUGAAUCUAGUGUACAGCGCCAUUUUGCAAGCCCAGUGCACGGAAUGCCAACUGCAUGUGAUCAACAAACCACUUCCGUAUCGGUUGGACACGCAACUGAAGAAGCUCAACACAGGGCUGAACGCUGGAUUCCAGCUCGCGUUCAACACCGGCUUUGCGAUGGCGUUCGUGGCCGCCCUGUACAUCAUGUUCUACAUCAAGGAGCGUACUUCGCGCGCCAAGCUGCUGCAGUUCGUCAGCGGUACCAAUGUGACGAUGUUCUGGCUGCUGGCGUUCAUGUGGGACUUUACGCUGUUCGUGCUGAACAGUUUGGUGUACAUCGCGACGGUGGCCAUCUUCCAGGAGGAGGGUUGGUCAACGUUCGAAGAGCUUGGACGGGCGUUCCUACUGCUCUUGUUCUUCGGCUACGCCACGCUCCCCGUGACGUAUCUGUUCUCGUUCCUGUUUAGCGUUUCCGCAACCGGAUUCGUGCGCAUGAUGUUCGUCAACGUGCUUUCGGGCGCAAUCUUCUUCACCGCCGUCAACGUGCUCAAGUUUGACGGUAUCGAUCUGGUGGAGGUAGCCGAAGGGCUCGAGUGGGUGUUUAUGUUCUUCCCGAACUUUGUGCUUAGCCAUGGGUUGAACAAUCUGAAUGCGGCGUCCAGCACGGCUUCCUCGUGCAAAAAGUUCUGCGAUCUGCUCGGGCCACAGUGUGUCGUCGACGAUCUGUGCUCGGUAGAUGCGCGCUGUUGCGAUUUGGAGGUGUUCUCCUUUGGCAACGUGGGCAUCAUUCGCAAUCUACUGUUUUGUGUGCUGAUUGGAACCGUUUCCUUUUCGCUGCUGUUUAUGCUGGAGUAUGGCGUACUGCAACGGUUGUUCCGGCGAAAGCCAAAAGGUUCGGCGAGCCCAGCGGAACCACAGGGCACAGUGGGCUCGGAACAGGACUCGGACGUGCUGGAGGAAAAGCGCCGUGUAGCGAAUCUCAGCCGGACGGACAUCGACGGGCACAAUUUGCUGUUGCGCGACGUUACAAAGUACUACGGCAACUUCCAGGCGGUAAACAACCUGUCAAUCGGCAUCAAUCAUUCUGAGUGCUUCGGGCUGCUCGGCAUCAACGGCGCUGGUAAGACCACGACGUUCAAAAUGAUGACGGGCGAUGAGGAAAUUUCGUCCGGUAAUGCUUGGGUCAAGGGGAUCAGCUUGCGGGAGGACAUGAAUCGAGCGCAUCGGCAGAUUGGCUACUGUCCGCAGUUUGACGCGCUGCUGGAGGAUCUGACGGGCCGGGAAACGUUGCGCAUAUUUGCACUGCUGCGAGGUGUACGCAAGCAGGAGGUGAAGAAUGUGUCCUACAUUCUGGCGGAAGAGCUGAACUUUACCAAGCAUCUGGACAAGCGCACGAAAGCGUACAGUGGAGGCAAUAAGCGGAAGCUCAGUACUGCACUCGCCCUGCUUGGCAAUCCGUCGGUGGUGUAUCUGGACGAACCGACCACGGGCAUGGAUCCGGGAGCGAAGCGUCAGUUCUGGGAUGUCAUUUGUAAGGUACGCAGCACGGGCAAAUCGAUCGUGCUGACAUCACACAGCAUGGAAGAGUGUGAGGCACUGUGUACGCGGCUAGCCAUCAUGGUGAACGGCGAGUUCAAAUGUCUCGGCUCGACGCAACAUCUGAAGAACAAAUUCUCCAAAGGAUUCCUGCUCACGGUGAAGGUGGCUCGCGGGUCGACCGAUUCACAGCAGAAACGAGUCGCCGGUGUAAAGGACUUUGUGAUGAGUCGCUUCAGCGGAGCCGUUCUGAAGGAGGAGUACGAAGAUUCUCUCACCUUCCACAUACCGGUAACGGAUCUGAAAUGGUCCCAGAUGUUUGGUCUGAUGGAAAGCUCGAAGCAAGAGCUGGAAAUCGAGGACUACGCACUUGGUCAAACGUCGCUGGAACAGGUGUUCCUGUUCUUUACCAAAUAUCAGCGAGUUACCGAGUGAGAUCUGCAGGACCAAGUGGCUGCGGUACUUCUUGCUAGUGAAGAAGUGCCUGAGCAGACACGAUAAAUUGGGGGACAUUUUGGGGUUUGCAGGGUUUUUGUAAUGACAAAAGCAUUGAGAUUUUUAGUUUUAAGAUUUUUAGAUUUUUUGAGUUAACUUAUGAUGCAGAUAAAUUGGACACACAAGUUGUAGUGAAAGAUUAGUAUAUAAGAUUUGCAAUUUAUAAUAAAUAAAACAAGUUCAGAGCGAUGUAAAUUGCGAUUAAGAAGAUUCUGAAUUUACAAUAAAGUUUUGGUCGAUUACUUCCUGCUCCAAACUGUUACAGAAUUGGUUCAGGGAAGUAUGUUCA